AUGCCGAUGGUACGAGUUGCCACAAAUUUACCCGACUCUUCUGUUCCUGUUGAUUUUGAGGUUUUUUUCGAGUAGAAUUUAUGCGGCUUUAUCAGAAACUUGAAGGUUCGACUAACAGACCUUUUGGCUGAGUCUAUGGGAAAACCGCGGGAUCGCUUCGCCGUCGAAGUCGGUUUAGUUCAUCAACGAGAAAAUUAAAAUAAUGAAAUUAAUACCGUGUUCAAAGUAGUUCCCGCGAAAUGCAAAAUGGUCUCUGGCUCUCAUUAAUUCAUUUCAUUUCAAGUGUUUAUUCGCCAUUCCGCAAUCAGCACAAAUACAAAAAAAAAAUAAAACAUCAAGACAAUCAAAUAAAUCCAACAGCUGAUCUGUGGAAAUUUAGUUAUCUUUUUCUAUCUCUGACGGCUUUUUUUUUUAUUUUGCGAAACCACUUUGAACACGGCAUAAAUAUCUGGCCACUCUUGUAAUAUCUGUUCGUUUAUGACGCUUUCAAAGUGAUUCUGGCAAAAAAAGGUUUGCAGAGCGCAAAAAAUAAAUAAAGAAGCUUUUGGAGAACCAGAGAUAAUUUUUUUUCCUUCGAAAUAGCUUCGAACGCGGUACACGAGAAUAACUUUUUCCCAAAAAUUUGAAAAAUAUUUCGUAAAAAUAAGUCUUUUCAGUUUUUCGAACUAUUUAAUUAUCCUAAUUUUUCUCCACUUUCUCCUCAGCGGUUGUAUGACUGAAAAAAAGGUGAUGCUUUACUGAAAAAUUUAUUUUUCAAUCCAUUCAAUAAUGUAAGCUCUUAGAUUGCCCCCGGUUUGCGUCUUGUACAUGGAGCGAUGAAAGAUCCUGUCGUCGUACUUACUGUAAGAUUUUUUUUUCUUCAAUUGACGGUUUUUUUUUGUUAUUCUAAACAUUUGGAGAUAAAUAAAGAGUCAUUUUAGCAUAUAUUGUCCUCUUUUUAACAUUCAAGGCUCAGGCGCUCGAAAUUUUUUCCCGCGGGAAAAAAAAUCGAGAUGAAAACGUGUACCUCCCAGAAAUGCCGGUAAACGCUCCCAAACGCUCAUUUUUACUGCGGCUCUACCGAGUUUCUUAGACCAGAGAAAAUUUUGAAUUUUGAAGUUUCGAGAAGUUACAGUUAAUAGUUAAAGAUUUGAAUAAUAUUUUUUUGGAAGGGAUAACGAAAAAUCGAAUCUUGUUUCUUGGAAAUCGCCCAAUGAAAGUUGAGAAUUUGGUUUUUUAGGUUAACUCGAUUGGUGCGGUUUCGGCUUCGGAUAAUGUUCGCCACACACAAGCGAUCACGGCGUUCUGUCUGGCAGAGCUAGGUUUACCCCCGCAAAAGGUUCGAAAUUGUAUUUCUAAAAAAAAAAUUGAUGAGCAUAUGUUGGAUAAUGAAGUUUGAAAUUGCAUAACGAGGGAAGUAAAAGAGGCAUUUCAAACAUUGUCAAAAAGCACCCCUGUAAGGAUUCCAUCUGAAAUGACGAGAAGAAAGGGCUCUUCAGGUGGUGGUCUCCUUCAAUGACCUCGCUCCCCAUUCUGUUGGCUUCAACGGUACAACUGUCGCCGAGGCCAACAAGUAA